CUGAACCUCUCUUAAGCAUUACUUUAUCUUCUUGAUUUCUAUACCAUGAAGUUACUAAGUUUGAGAAUUUGUCUCUUGGCCCUAGUGGCUUUUUCAUCAUCACAGGAGUCAGACACCACCACAGAGAUGCCCGAGACCACCACAGUGAUGCCUGAGACCACCACAGAGAUGCCUGAGACCACCACAGUGAUGUCUGAGACCACCACAGAGAUGCCUGACACCACCACAGUAAUGCCUGAGACCACCACAGUGAUGCCUGACACCACCACAGACACACCUGAGACCACUAUUAUGCUUGAGAACAACCCUACCACACUGAUACCAGAUAGUGACACCACCACUGUAAUGCUGGAGGUUGACACCAGCCUGAUAUCAGAGAACAUCACUACUUUGAUGCCAGAGAAUGAAACCACCUCCAUGAUGUUGGAGAUUGAAACCACCACUGUGAUGCUAGAGAAUGGGACCACCACGAUGAUGCCAUUUUCCACCACCACUGCACUGGCAUCUACCACCACCAUGGUACAAUCUGCCACCACUGCCAUGUCAUCUACCACCAUAAAGCCAUCCACAACCACCACAAAGCCACCCACAACCACCACUUCCAUGCCAUCUACCACCACUACCACAAAGCCAUCCACAACCACCACAAAGCCAUCCACAACCACCACUACCAUGCCACCUACCACCUCUACCAUGCCAUCUACUACCACAACAUCUGAAACUACCAUGGUGACCCAAAUUAGCACCACCACCAAAACGCACUCUGUUUUUUUCAGCAAUGCAUCACCCACAUACACCAGCACCAACACAACCGUCCCUCACAACAGCAGCCCAGGUGUGAAAGCUGUGCUAAUAAUGUGUGUUAUACCUCUUCUGUUUGAUCUUCUGUGAAAAAGAAAUCAUGAAAUGCACAGAAAAUUGUUAAAAACACAGGAUUAACAUUUGACUUGAAAUCUGUUGUGACAAAAAAGUCACAAAAUGAAUUAAUUAAAUUAUUAAAAAUUAUAUACAUUAAUAUUUUUGUGUCACUGUAUAGAUUUAUUUGCUUCCUGAAAAAAAGUAACAUUUUUAAUGACAAUGGACUCUAUAAAGUUUUUCGUGCAAUUUAAUAUAAAGUUCGGGGGAAUAAAAAUGUACAAAAAUGUGCACCUCAAUAUUUAAAAAAUAUUUAUUGUAUUUAAAUAUAUUUUGGAUCAUAAGCAGAUCUUUUCCUUUUCCACAUUUUGGCCUUUCCAUCACUUUGGUAGAGUUUCAUUUUGUUUCUAGAGCUUUUGUGGCUCAUUUUGUAUCUACUGAUUCCAAAACAACUGGAUUAAUAUGUGAUUAAGUUCAUCAGAAUCUUUUUAGUUCUUUUGUGAUUAGAAAGGGGGUGA